UCCAUACAGCAAGAUGGCGGGCAGGGGUUCGAAUGUCUCAACGAAAAGCUCUACCUCAAACGGGCAGCAUAAACGUCCAUUUCUUAUUGGCGUCGCUGGAGGGACGGCAUCCGGAAAGUCAUCAGUAUGUAGCAAGAUAGUUGAGCGUCUUGGUCAACGGAACCUGGACUGCAGGAAGCGACAGGUCACAGUCAUUGGUCAGGACAGCUUCUAUCGAGACUUAACUAAUGGAGAACAGGCUCGAGCACUCAAGGGACAGUUUAAUUUUGACCACCCAGACGCGUUUGAUUUUGAUCUGAUCAAACAAACGCUAGAAGACAUAAUGGAAGGAAAGGUCGUCAAGAUCCCCAUGUAUGACUUCACAACAAAUUCAAGGAAAGUGGACGAGUACACAGAGGUAUAUCCAGCCGACGUGGUGCUCUUUGAGGGAAUCUUGGUGUUUUAUAUGAAAGAAGUCCGGGAUAUGUUUCACAUGAAACUAUUUGUAGACACUGAUGCUGAUACCAGACUAUCCAGAAGAGUUGUUCGAGACACAAAAGAUAGAGGACGUGAGUUGGAACAAGUCUUGGUUCAAUAUGUCAAGUUUGUCAAACCUGCCUUUGAAGAAUUCUGUCUACCAACCAAGAAGUACGCUGAUAUCAUCAUUCCAAGAGGUUCUGAAAACACAGUUGCAAUCGGUCUCAUCGUCCAACACAUCAAGGAUAUUCUCAAUGGAGGUAUUAAGAAACACUACACCAACGGCAAUACAUUUCCAGAUGAGAGUCUUGGAGUUGUUGAGAAACCAACCAGACAACGAAACCCAUCAGAGUCAGGUGCAGGUGGGAGACCUCAUUGAAAUAAGUGGCUCGUCAAUUAGGACUUCAGGAGUAACAGGUGUUUCCAUAUGGAUCCCAGAUUGAUCUUAAGUUGGAUUUAUUUUAAUGAUUCAGAAAGAGUUGCUUAUUAGUUGCAGUUUUUACUUUAACUCUGGACUUUCUGAAUCCAUUAGAAUGCACAGCAGAUGUUGUAGUCCACACCAUGGGUGGAAUUGCAUCAGAUGUAUUGGUCUCGUUGCCAUGGUCAUGGUCUCCCUGAACCAAAUAUACCAUGUUGUCUGAAGUGCACUUUACAGUCGGGUGAUUUGUCACAAUUUUUACUGAUUGAAGGAACUUGUACAAUCUCCCUCUUCAUUCUUAGACAAUAAAUCAAUUAAGAGAAGAAAGAUGAUAAUUAAUGGGAAGAGAGAUGUAGCCCUAAUGUGAAAGCCCUCCAAGUUUUCCAAUUGUGGUGAUAGAGAGUCCGUUAUUGUCUCAAAUGUGACACCCUAGGAAAUCAGGGAUUUUACCCCAACAGACUAAAUGGUACAACCCCAUUUCAAGAUUACAAUAGCAGUUUUGAACCAUCACACUCCUGGCUUUAUGACUUUCUUUCUUGAAUAUCAAGUCCAUCUAAUGCUGGUUUGAUAGUUUAGGAUGGUUAGCUUUAUUGAAAACAACGACCAAUCAUAGCUGUUCUAAAGAUCCAUAGGUUUUUCAUGAUUGACUGACCAAUGAUUGGAGGUGAGGCAUCAGAGAUUUAAUCUUUGGGGGACCUCAUUGGAUAGUUCAACAUUAUUUAAAUAAAAUCCUUGAAGGAUUGAAAAUGCUUUCAGUUAUAGAUGGCAUUCCUGUUUCUGAUUUUUUAAUUAUUUGUUUUAGUGAGAGUUGGUACAUAAAACAUUUAUUGGACAAACCAACAAAAUUUAUUUUUGACAACUUCCAUGUGUCAAGUGAAUCGGGGUCUAGAUUUUGACAGCAAAUUCAGGUAUCUCGGGGUGAUUUCCUGUUUUUUCUUCUCUUUAUUAAAAAAGUUUCUGGUGUGAGACUUUGCCCAGUCAAGGUUGCCGAUCCAAUUUUGUUAUUGAUUACUUUCGUUAAAAAACAAACAUGGUGUGGGUUCAUGUUGGUCUGACCUACAUGUCAAAACAGCCUAACUUAAAAAAAAUGGUUCUUAUAUAAGAUCAUUUCUGAGUAAAUUUUUGGAUUAUUUUCCCAUUUCAAAGCUUAAAUAUAUACUACGUAUGGAUUUGAAUGUAACAUGUCCUAUCUCGGGCUCUUAUACACUUUAAUCCUGUUUUAUGGCGAAACAGCUAUACAUACUUGCUUUUCUCAAAAUGUAUUUUUUUUUAAGUUGGACUGUUUUGUCAUGGAAGGGUCAAGUUGUCAAAAACAUGUUUUUCAUAUUGUGUAAUGAAUUUGAUUUAUUUGUUGAUUCUAUAACUUUACUAUUCAGUGGCUUCGGUGAACAAUGAAGCCCCGUCAUUGGUGGCCUUCGACAUUUGAAAGCGUGUUUUAUAAUUGCUGCUCAGGGACUUUUAGCGACGUAUUGAUUGUGUCACUAGGUAACAACUUCAUUAGUUUGUGGCUUCCUGUCUUAAACGAAGGGCCACCAAAUAAAUGUCAUUCUUUUUAGUGUAGCUUAUCUUGUAAGUUCAUUUCCAAAUGUGAACUGUAGAUUGAAGAGAUCUUUUUUGCACAAACAUUGGUGCUAAGAUGUGAAAGAGUGGCUCGUGUUUGGUUUGAGAUAGUGUCGUGAAAUACAUGUAGCGUAGAAAAAACAAAAAUGUGUUUGUAAUAUAAACUCACUUUAAA